GAAGAGAGGCGGGCGCGGGGUUUCUGUCUUGUUGGAAUCGCGCGCAUCGAUCAGCAGCUCCCUCUGUGGAUUUGAUGGAUGCAUGAUCAGUGGAUGUGAUGCCCAUAUAUAUCAUUGACCGAAAAUUUCCUGACACACCUGGUGAGUUGAUACAGCUGGCUGCUGAAGGAGAGCUGAGAAUGACAGAAACCAAUACGCCCAAGUCGGCUAAGAAGCCCCGAUGGACCUCCUUGGAGAUUGGCCUCAUUACCAUAGUCUCCCUGCUUUUUAUUGUCAUCGUUGCCCUCAUCAUUCUUUUCGCCACUCAGAAAACUGAUGAAAUGUGUACCACAGCUGACUGCACACAGUCAGCGUCUCGUCUCAUCGAAAACAUGGAUUCCUCCGUGAACCCCUGCGACAACUUCUAUCAGUAUGCCUGCGGAGGAUGGCUGAAGAAGAACAUCAUCCCGGAGACCAGCUCCAGAUACAGCACGUUUGACAUCUUACGAGACGAGCUGGAGGUUAUCCUCAAAGGUGUCCUUGAAAAAACGGUGGAUGGAGAAGCAGCUGCUCUCACCAAGGCUAAAACCCUGUACAAGUCCUGUACCAAUGAGAGUUUAAUAGAGCAAAGAGGAGGGGCCCCUCUGCUCGAUAUGCUGCCAGAUAUGUUUGACUGGCCCAUAGCAGUGGACGGCUGGGAGGAAAACUACGGGACAACGUGGAGGUUAGAAGACGUCAUUGCCAGGUUAAAUGAGAAAUAUGGGACUCAACUCCUGGUCAACUUUUUUGUUGGCACAGAUGACAGAGACUCAAACUCUCACAUUAUUCAUUUUGACCAGCAGACGAGUCUUGGUCUGUUGUCCAGAGAUUACUAUGCAUGUAAUGGACCCUAUGCAGAGGCAUGUCGGGCCUACGAGCAGUUCAUGAUUGACCUAGCUAAGCUGAUACGCUCUGACCGCGGACUGGAGGUCAAUGAAACCCACAUCAGAGAGGAAGUGACACGAGUUAUGGACCUGGAGAGAGACAUUGCUAAUGCCACUGAUACCCCAGAGGAUCGAAACAACCCAGUCCUGCUUUACAAUAAGAUGGAACUUGGUGACUUGAAUGCCAACUUUACUCUUGAGGUUGAUUCAAAGGUAUUUGACUGGAGUUACUUCACGGCUAAGAUCAUGAAUGCGGUGAACAUCAGCAUUCCUGACUCUGAGAAAAUCAUAAACUACUCUCCGAACUAUUACAGAAGACUCAACCUCGUAUUGGCCAAAUAUAAUAAGAGGGAUCUGCAGAACUACAUGGUGUGGCGUUUUGCUAUGAACAUGGUGGUGGGCCUGAGCAGAGCUUACAGAGACACCCGGAAAGCUUUCCGUAAGGCGCUGUCUGGCACAACAUCAGAAGCAGCUGUGUGGAGACAGUGUGCGCUCUAUGUCAACAACAACAUGGACAACGCUGUGGGACGGCUGUAUGUACAGGAGGCCUUCUCUGAAAAGAGUAAAGAACUGAUGGAGGAGAUGAUUAAAGACAUUCGGGAAGUGUUCAUUAGUAACCUGGAUGAUCUUUCCUGGAUGGAUGCAGAGACAAAAAAGGCAGCCGAGGAGAAAGCCCGAGCCAUUCGUGAACGGAUUGGCUACUCCGACAACAUCAUGGACGAUGAAUACCUCAACAAUGAGUACAAAGAUCUGAGCUACAAUGCAGAAGAGUACUUUGAAAACAUCCUACAAAACCUGGAGUAUGUGCAGAAAAAACGCCUCCGGAAACUCAGAGUGAAAGUCAACAAAGAUGAGUGGGUAACUGGGGCUGCUGUCGUCAAUGCCUUCUACUCAGCCAGCAAAAAUCAAAUAGUCUUCCCUGCAGGCAUCCUCCAGCCCCCUUUCUUCAGCAAAGGCCAAGCUAAAUCUCUUAACUAUGGAGGCAUUGGCAUGGUAAUCGGUCAUGAGAUCACGCAUGGCUUUGAUGACAAUGGGCGCAACUAUGACAAGGAUGGUGACCUGAAGGACUGGUGGACACCAGACUCCACCCACAGAUUUCUGGAACAGUCAAAGUGCAUCGUUGAUCAGUAUAGCAACUUCUCUUGGGAGCUGGCCAAUGGACUACAUUUAAAUGGUAACAACACCCUCGGGGAGAAUAUUGCUGACAAUGGAGGGAUCCGGCAGGCGUACCAGGCCUACAAGAACCAUGUGAAGGAGCAUGGGGAGGAGCCACCGCUGCCUGGUAUUGAUCUUUCCCAUGAUCAACUCUUCUUCCUGAACUUUGCUCAGGUGUGGUGUGGAACACAUCGACCAGAGCAAGCAGUUAACUCUAUCAAAGUAGAUGUGCACAGUCCAGGGAAAUUCAGGGUACUAGGCUCCCUACAGAAUUUCCCAGAAUUUGCCAAAGCGUUCAGCUGUAACAAAAGCAGCUACAUGAUCCCUGACAAUAUCUGCCGUGUGUGGUGAUCUGAGGAUCUCUGGGAUGGGGUGUCCCUCCCUCCUGACUGCUGGAGCACUCAAGUAUUUCUAGUGUGGUGGAAGCAGCAAUUAGCCCUGUACUGGAUGGACCAUGGCUGGUGGACUGACACUGCAGUACGCACUUCAUCUAAAGACAGCAGCAGACUGUACCUUCUUGGUGGACGAAGCACUGUUUUCCCUCUUUUCUUUCCAACUCUGAUACGAAAGUUUAUUAAAAAAAAUCCCAAAUAUUAUCAUGCUGACUGGAUACAAUCAAUUUUUGAUCUUUUUUCUGUUUUUUUUUCUUUUUCUUUUUCUGUUUUUGACAGUCUUGAAAACUGAUCUUGCCAGUGUGUUUUCAAAUGCAGACAUGACUAUCAGUAAAAAAGCUCUUCAAGUGGUUGGCAAAAGUGGCAGACAAAAGAUGUAAUCAACCCACUGGCAUAUGAAUACACACCCACUCACACUCAUACAUGCAACACUGCUGAACCGCUGCAUUGUAUGUGGGACUAAGCUGUUCAACUCUCUAAACCUCAGCUGCUUUCAGCCUCUAUUAACAUGCAGAUACAGUAUGUGUUCUUGUGAUGUUCUUUCUUUAUAGAACCAGAAUAUUUUACAGAAAAUCUCAAUUUUAUUGAAAAGACCAGAAAAGUGUUUUAGCACAGUGUUUUCACAGUAUGUGAUUCAACGGUGCAGUUAAUGACUAUUGCAGUUGACAGUUGGCUGCUGUUCAGUAGCAGAAUGACGAUAAUUAACCAAAAUGAAGUUUUUGCCUUUAAGAUGACAGCUGGUCAUGAAUCACCAAAAUGACAAUCUACAGUUUUAAGAGCCUUUUUUUCUUUGUCCUUUUGGAUGAAGUUGUGUUCCUGUGUGAAUGUUUUUUUCUAUGUUCCAGCCUUGGUAAAUCAUUUAUCACUGCCUACUUUUGUCAAGUUAAUUAGUAUGCCUUACAGUUACAGCCUGUGUGAAUUUUAGGAUGUCUAAGAACAAAGGAACGUUAUUAAUGUUUAAGCAGUUUGGCUUUUUUUUUUUUGCUUUUGCUUGUUACAUAACCAUAUAUCCAUGUAACCAUCUCCACACCAGUCUGUGUGCUAGCCAGCUGAGUGCUAGCAAAGCCAAACAUUGCAGGAACACAGCAGGAAGUGCUCAGCUGGCUCUCCAAAAUAAGAGGCCUAAAAACACCAAUUAAACUGAAUAAUUACCACACAUCGUUUAUAUUUAAUUAGUGCCAAAACAAGAGGUUAUAGGCUGAUUCAGCAAGAGGUAGCUUAAAGUCACUUUGAGUUACUGCUUGGAUCAUUGACUUCAAUCAGCACCAGCUAGUUGCUUAGCAACCUAAUGAUUACAGGAGAAGUUGCGUUUGUAGUUUACUAAUUAACAGACUUAAAUAUAAGUGCAUUUGAAAACCGUUUGAACUAUCCAUCAUUUUUAAAGCAACUUAAUUUAGUCUGCAGCUUUUUUCAGAUCUAAACAAAAGCAAGUAAAAACAUGGUGUGUUAUCUCCAUCCAUCACUAUAGUUAAAUACACAUCAAUGAAAUAUAUGAAAUUUAAUUACAAAUUAAUGAUUGAAUGUGUACUUUUUUCACACACACAAUGCAUUUUUUUGAUGAUUGUAUCAAGGCAGUGGAUUCAGCAAUCUCUGUGGCUUUAUUUUCUUAACGGUGUAACAGGCUGUGAUGCUGGGGUUUAAAAUGAGAAAAAAAAUGCCUUUUAAUAUAAAAAUUUGUGCAAUAAAUUUUGUGCAGUGAUCAUA